AACACGGGUAUCGCUCCUCCCGGUCGAUGUGAAAUGUGCAGUGUGGCAGUGUGGCGCCGAGUGCAAGCUGUGCAAGUGCAGUGAGGUGCAGUGUACGCGCUGAGUGCAGGCAGGGGCAGGCCAAAGCGUGGGCCGAGGGCAGCAGCGGCACGGCCACCACGAGCGAGCGCGGAGCUGGCGGCGGGCGCGCGGCCAUGACCGGCGACAUGCCAUUGGGGAGCGCGCACGCUUUCGGGCGCGCGUUGCUCCGGGACGGGGCUCUGCCGCCGCUGGAGCCAGGCCCGCCCGCACCGCCGCCCAACAACGCGCAGCCGCCCGACAAGCGGCCGCCGGCCGCGGCCGCCAGUCCUGAGCAGGUCAUGAAACUUUACAUGAACAAACUGACCCCGUAUGAGCACCGAGAGAUAUUCGAUUACCCCCAAGUAUACUUCAUAGGCGCGAACGCCAAGAAACGUCCCGGCCUGGUCGGGUUUCCCAAUAACUGUGAAUACGACAACGAACAGGGGUCAUAUAUCCACAUCCCGCACGAUCACAUAGCGUAUCGAUACGAGGUACUCAAGGUGAUAGGGAAGGGAAGUUUUGGACAGGUGGUAAAGGCGUACGACCACAAGAAGCGCGAGAACGUCGCGCUCAAGAUGGUGCGCAACGAGAAGAGGUUCCAUCGGCAAGCGCAGGAGGAGAUCCGCAUCCUGGAGCACCUCCGCGAGCAGGAUAAAGAUAACACGAUGAACGUGAUACACAUGUUCGACUCGUUCACGUUUAGAAACCACACAUGCAUCACGUUUGAGCUACUCUCGAUCAACUUGUACGAAUUGAUUAAGAAAAACAAGUUCCAGGGGUUCAGUCUGCAGCUUGUGAGGAAGUUUUCGCACAGUCUGCUGCAGUGCCUGCACGCGCUGAACAAAAAUCGGAUAAUUCACUGCGAUAUGAAGCCGGAGAACGUGCUUUUGAAGCAGCAGGGUCGCUCCGGAAUCAAGGUUAUAGACUUCGGCAGUUCGUGCUAUGAGAAUCAACGAGUGUAUACCUACAUCCAGUCUCGGUUCUACCGAGCGCCAGAGGUGAUGAUGGGCGCGAGGUACGGCAUGCCCAUUGAUAUGUGGUCUUUGGGCUGUAUAUUAGCGGAACUAUUGACUGGAUUCCCUCUUCUCCCUGGUGAGGACGAAGCGGACCAAAUGGCGUGUAUAAUCGAGCUUCUAGGCAUGCCUCCGCAGAAACUCGUCGAACAGGGGAAGAGGUCAAAGAACUUCAUCAGCAGCAAGGGUUUGCCGAGAUACUGCACUGCUACGACGUUAGCGGACGGCACUACUGUUUUAAGUGGAGGUAUGUCGAGAAGAGGCAAGCCCAGAGGGCCUCCAGGAUCGAAGAGUUUUGCCACUGCACUCAAAGGAUGUCAGGACAAGUUUUUUAUUGAUUUCAUUAGACGAUGCCUAGAAUGGGACCCGGAUAAACGACUAACGCCCGCACAAGCAUUACGACACGCGUGGCUCCGCCGCCGCCUUCCACGGCCGCCACACGACGAAGAAACGAACAACCACGUUAGUAUAGCGCAUCAUGCCAAGCGCCUCGCCCCUAAGUGCACUGACAAAUAGACUAGCAGCGGGGCUGGGGGAGGGGGUAGCACGGUGGUGGGGUCUGUAGGGGUUACUGGGGUCACAGGGAGCACGCGGGGUGACGCACGCGGAGGGUCACUGAGGACGCCGCUCGCGCGUACGCCGGUCACCUUUAACGCCUCCAAUGUCGCCAAAGCGAAAUUACAAGCGGCGUUAUCGGAGGAGAGCGGUUCAUCGGCAGGCGCGAGUGGCGGUAGUUGCGGCUCGGCGCGGUACUGGGGCGCAGGCGCAGGCGCGGGGGCAGGCAAAUUGCCGCACCUGCCGC